AUGGAUUAUAAGAGAAGAGCAGUAACAACCGGCAACGGAAAAGAUGAAGAACGAAAUCCAAAUACUGCGGGGGUGGACAGAAUUUCAACCUUAUCCAAUACUCUAAUUCACCGCAUCCUCUCGUCUGUUUCGACCGUCGAUGUUGUUCGUAUGAGCAUUCUCUCAAAGCGCUGGAGUAGGAUGUGGUACACGGUGCCGCAUUUGCGAUUUUACGAUUCCGAUGCUGGCUUUCGAAAGUGGAAAGUGUUUGAUAAUUUCAUGGCUAAGUGCUUGGAACGCCGCGAGAUAGGUAUGAGCAACAAUACUAGUUGCGCCGUGACUAAAUUUAAGCUUCACAUCAAGCAUUUUUGGUGCCGGGACGAGAAUCUACAUAGGUUGUUACACUCUCCGGUUAUUCGAAACAAUGUGGAGGAACUCGAUCUUUCUAUGGAACCGAAAUACAACGGGGCCGUAUGCUAUUGUUUACCUUACACAGCACUCAAUGGAAAAUCUAUAACUGUUCUGAAGCUGAAUCAUGUGGAGUUGGAAGAUAGCGACAAUUUUUCGGUAAAUCUUCCGAGUUUGAAAUCUUUAUGCUUAGAGGAGGUUAUAGUGAAUGAUGUGACAUUAUCCAAACUGUUGUUGGGCUGUCCGUCUCUUGAGAAAUUGAUGUUGAAGAAGUGUCCUAAACUGUUCAAUCCUCGAAUUUUGAGUUCGAGCCUCAAAUUCUUCGAAAUGGAGGGAUUUAUUCGUCCUAGUCACAAAGAACUACAAGUUGAAGCCAUUAAUCUUCAAACUUUAGUACUCAGAGCCCUCUAUCAUGGACUCAACCUUUGCGAAUGCAGCGCGGUCAGGACUCUUUCGAUUCACAGCAUUCCAAAUAUGAGGGGCGAGUCCUUGGAAGCUAUCAUCUCUAAGCUUCCCCUCCUUGAGGAUUUGAGUUUAAGACACUGCGAUCUAUUGAGACACUUCAAAAUCAGCAGCAAGAGCCUCAAGAGUUUCACUUUCGCAAAAUUUUCUCGGGUUGAGGUGAAUGCCACACUGGAAACACCGAACCUAGUGUCGUUUUGUUACACGGGCGAUAUGAAAUUCGGAGUUUCGAUGGCCUUGCCUAAUGAUUCACUCAUGAAUGGCCACAUCAAAAUCAAUGAUUGCAUUAUCUACGAGGCCUCGAACCUGUACAACAAGAUGAUAAAAUUUCUUUCGAGUAUCAAUUUCUCUUGGAAUAUAUUGACCCUGGAAGUUAGAUCAGAAGAGGAUCUCAUUUUCCCGGAAGAGUUGAGAAAAACUUGUGGUUCGCCACUGACCAAGAUCAGGCAUCUGAAGGUUAAGACACUUCUGAGAUUGAACAAAAAAACAUCAUCAGACUUGAGAGACUCCUUGCAUUGGGCUUCACCUGAUCUGGAAACGCUGGACAUUGAAGAUGGAGGGAAAGGCGAUGACGACGUAUCGGAUUUCGGAAACUGGAUGUUUCGCACUAAUUGA